CUUCCACCCUCACUUCUUUCCUUUCGGGGUCGGUGUCUCAGACCCGAACUACCUUAAUCCCGCGAAGUUGAAAAUUUCUCAUCCACUGGCAUCAACUCCGGGAAAAUCCGCCAGUGGGGGCAACAAUCAGUUGGAAUAGAAUCGGGUGAACUUCUAUUUAGGGGUUUGGUCUGUGAUUCAAGCCUUACUUCAGUGUUGGCGGAGACGAGCUUUGUGUGUGGAACAUCACAUACAAUGAGCUUGCAAGUCCGACAAGAAAGAAGGGAUCGGUCCAGGGUUCCUGCCCCAGGUCCUCGUCAGGAAUGGGUUCCUAGAGCAUCUGUCCCCACCACCACCCCGAAUUUCCCACCAUCAAAUUACCCUUUGGAUCAAAAUGGUAAUGCUGGUUGCUCAAAUAAUAAUGUUGCUCCACCAGCAAAUCGGCAUAGAAGCAGUCACGGGUCAAGGGGUCACGUUAAUCAGCCUAUGAAUCAUAGAAGGGAAAGGGAAAAAGGACGAAACGAGAAUCAGGUGGUGAAAGGAGAAAGGGACUCUAAUUUGCCUCAACUGUUACAAGAGAUCCAGGAUAAGCUUAUGAAAAGUAUUGUGGAAUGCAUGAUUUGCUAUGACAUGGUCCGUAGGUCUGCACCCAUCUGGUCUUGCUCAAGCUGCUACUCAAUCUUUCACCUGAAUUGUAUAAAGAAGUGGGCUCGAGCGCCUACUUCUGUUGAUGUGUCUGCAGAAAAGAAUCAAGGAUUUAAUUGGCGGUGCCCUGGUUGUCAGUCUGUACAACUUACGUCAUCAAGGGAGAUUAGGUAUGUCUGCUUUUGUGGAAAGAGGCCAGACCCACCAUCUGAUCUGUAUCUGAUACCACAUUCUUGUGGAGAACCAUGUGGCAAGCCUCUUGAGAGGGAAGCGUUGGUUAAUGGAGGGAGAGGGAGCAGGGAAGAUCAUUGCCCUCAUGUUUGUGUUUUGCAAUGCCAUCCAGGCCCAUGUCCUCCAUGUAAAGCAUUUGCACCGCCGCGUUUGUGUCCUUGUGGGAAGAAAACUAUUACCACACGGUGCUCUGAUCGGUCCUCUGUUCUUACUUGUGGUCAACUCUGUGAUAAGCUUCUUGACUGUGGGCGUCAUCAGUGUCAACGCAUUUGCCAUGUGGGUCCAUGUGAUCCAUGUCAGGUUCUAAUCAAUGCCUCUUGUUUCUGCAACCAGAAGGCAGAGGUUGUUCUUUGUGGAGACAUGGCUGUGAAGGGUGAAAUUAAAGCUGAAGGUGGUGUAUUUUCUUGUGGUUCCAAUUGUGGGAAGAAGCUUAGUUGUGGUAAUCAUGUCUGCAAUGACAUUUGUCAUCCAGGCAGCUGUGGUGAGUGUGAAUUCUUACCAAGCCAGAUUAAGACAUGCUUUUGUGGGAAGACAAAAUUGGAGGAGGAGCGACAUAGUUGUCUAGAUCCAAUACCAACCUGUUCACAAGCAUGUGACAAGCCUCUUCCUUGUGGGUUGCAUCAUUGUAGAGGGGCAUGUCAUUCUGGGGAUUGUUCACCAUGUUCAGUUCUAGUCUCCCAAAAGUGUCGGUGUGGUUCAACUUCUCGAACUGUGGAGUGCUAUAAGACAAUGAGGGAGAAUGAGGCAUUCACUUGUGAAAGAUCUUGUGGGCGCAAAAAAAACUGUGGAAGGCAUCGAUGUAGUGAACGGUGUUGUCCACUUUCUAAUCCAAGUAAUCGUCUAAAUGGGGAGUGGGAUCCUCACUUUUGUACCAUGCCAUGUGGAAAGAAGCUAAGGUGUGGGCAACAUGCAUGUGAAUCCCUAUGUCACAGUGGCCAUUGUCCACCUUGUCUUGAGACUAUCUUCGCUGAUUUGACAUGUGCUUGUGGUAGGACUUCAAUCCCUCCUCCAUUGCCUUGCGGUACACCCCCUCCUUCAUGUCAACUUCCAUGUUCAAUUCCUCAACCUUGUGGCCAUUCAGCCUCCCACAGCUGCCACUAUGGAGAUUGCCCACCUUGCUCAGUGCCUGUGGCAAAAGAAUGUAUUGGUGGGCAUGUGGUUCUUAGGAAUAUACCUUGUGGAUCAAAGGAUAUUAGAUGUAAUAAACUCUGUGGGAAGACCAGACAAUGUGGUUUACAUGCUUGUGGCAGAACAUGUCACCCUCCACCUUGUGAUAUUCCAUCUAGUAGUGACCAAGGUCUCCGAGUUUCUUGUGGUCAAACAUGCGGUGCUCCAAGGAGAGAUUGCAGGCAUACAUGUACAGCUGCAUGUCACCCUUCAGCACCAUGCCCUGAUAUAAGAUGUGAGUACUCUGUUACAAUUACUUGUUCUUGCGGUCGUGCAACAGCAAAUGUUCCUUGUGGUGCUGGUGGUGCUAGUGGUAAUUAUAACAUGGAUUCCAUACAUGAAGCUUCCAUAAUUCAAAAGUUGCCUGUGCCACUUCAACCUGUGGAAAACAGCAAACUCAUUCCCCUUGGACAAAGAAAGCUUACAUGUGAUGAUGAUUGUGCUAAGCUGGAGCGUAAAAGGGUUCUUGCUGAUGCUUUUGACGUCAACCCUCCAAACUUGGAUUCUCUUCAUUUUGGUGAGAACUCUACUACUAAUGAAUUGCUUUCAGACAUGCUCAGGCGUGAUCCUAAGUGGGUUUUCUCUGUGGAGGAGAGAUGCAAAUUUUUAGUUCUUGGCAAGAGCAGAGGAGCAACACAUGGUUUAAAAGUCCAUGUUUUCUGUCCUAUGCUGAAGGAUAAGAGAGAUGCAGUGAGGGUUAUUGCUGAUAGAUGGAAGUUGGCAGUGAAUGCUGCUGGUUGGGAGCCAAAGCGUUUUGUCAUAGUUCAUGUUACCCAAAAGUCAAAGGCUCCUCCCCGGGUGCUUGGGGUUAAAGGUACAGCAACGGUAAAUGCAACCUUGCCUCCACAAUUUGAUCCCUUAGUAGACAUGGAUCCCCGUCUUGUUGUUUCCUUUCCAGACCUACCAAGAGAAGCCGAUAUAAGUGCUUUAGUAUUGAGGUUUGGCGGUGAAUGUGAACUUGUUUGGUUGAAUGAUAAAAAUGCAUUGGCUGUCUUCCAUGAUCCUAGCCGAGCUGCGACUGCAAUGAGGAGGUUGGAUCAUGGAACAGCUUAUCAUGGGGCUGUGGUGGCCGUGCCAAAUGCUGGGUCAUCAGCUACAUCUGUUGCUACAAAUGCAUGGGGAGGACUCGGGAUGGUGAAAGAAGGAGGAGCGCUGGCAGCAUUGAAGGGGAAUCCAUGGAAAAAGGCCGUGGUUCAAGAGCCUGUCUGGAGAGAAGAUUCUUGGGGUGAUGAAGAAUGGACUGAUGGUUCUGCUAACCUCCAGCCUUCUGUCUGGGCGAGAGAAACUCCUAAAGUCCCAAUCACAGCUUCAUUAAAUCGAUGGAGUGUCUUAGACCAAGAAUCAUCUUCAAGUUCAUCUGUUGCGACCAUUGGAACUGAUGUUUCUCGGAAACACUCAGCAAGUUCAUCUUCUGUUCCAAGGAUGGAAUCUGAAUCCAGCGGAUCUGUUCCAGGACAGCAUGAAGAGAAUGCUAAUGCAUCAGAAGUUUCUGAAGUAGUAGAUGAUUGGGAGAAAGCUUAUGAAUGAUAAAAGGGAAUGAAUUGAGCAAGCCCUUCUUUUUCUUUUUCUUUUUGCUUCUGUUUUUUAGAUGUCAUUUUGUUGAAAAGGAUAGACAAGAUUGUAUGGCCUCUCGGCCUGGCGUAAGAAUUUUGGCGUGUUGAGGCGAUUCUCUCAUUUGCGGUGAAUGUCCACUCUUUAAUUCUUUGGUCCUAA